AUGACCCAGUCACGGACGCGCAAGUGCUGGAGCUGUAAGCAACGCCGCCUCAAGUGCGACGGAGGGAUGCCCCACUGCCUGAAAUGUUGGAGCCACGGCGUUGAGUGCCUCGGCUACGAGAAACCCCUGGUCUGGGUUGAGGGAGUGGCUCGGCGAGGGCCUAUGAAAAACCGGACUUUUGGAGAUGCCCAGACUCAGCAGCCGUCGCAAAAAACUUCGUUACAAAGACCAACACCAGUUGUCUCUCACGGACACCGACACCAGAAGGAGGAGUCGACAAGACUGUCCGGAAGUAUUCCGAUACCAGUGGCUCUUGUUGAGCCUCUAUUCAAGGAUUUCAGUUAUACAUCUAGAUUCUUUGUUGACUAUUUCUCAAAAUGCAUUUGCCCAACUCUGGUCCUCCAAGAUCAGUUAGACAACCCAUAUCGUAACGUCAUUCCCUGGAUCAACACGCCAACAGUAGCAAGUGCUAUAAUGACAGUAUCAUCCUGUCACUACAUUCAGUAUAUUACCAACUGCCCAAUGGCGGAAUUGCUGCCACAAACCCGAAAUGGAACAGUUUUAGGCAGGCUAAACGCACAUAUCAGAUCAUUAGUAAACUACCAUUUACGGUCCAAAAGCCAUUGCCUGGGGUUGGUCUCUACAGCAUUGGCAAUACAUAGAACCACUCAGGAUCAACAGUCGCUGCUCAUAACCGUGGUCCUCCUUGCUUUCCUAGACAUUUUUGAGAGUGGGUCUGGCGCUUGGAGCUAUCAUAUUGAGGGUAUCAAGAAGAUGCUUGAAGUUGGAGCCAUGAAGGGUACUUCCUCUUGGGAUGAUAACCUUCAAAGUCUCCUGCACGACGCUGCCAUGCUUCAAACAUUUGGUUCGUCUCUUGCAAAGCCUGGUGUUCUGACCAGUGCCUCUACACUAUCUUCAAUAAAGGCUUCAGCUUUCUCCACUGUCACGCCAAACGGAUGCCCUGUCCAAAUUCUAUCGACUGUUGAGAUCUUUGCCUCGCAGAGACGGCAUGACUUUGUUUUCCUUGAAAAUGCCACCAACAUCGUCGUCCUUGAAGACGCACUGCAAAAGAUGCGUUCAUAUGAUAUCGCGUCGUGGGCAGUGUAUAACACUACACAAGACUCGAAAGUAUCGUCCGAAGAUUUGGCGCGACUUGGUACUAUUUGGCAGCUCUCAGCUGACAUCUACGCCUGCCGUGUUCUUGCCUGCCUCACCGGGUCUACUCUGGCCUCUGAGUCAUUACAGGUUCAAGGUCUCAUCGCAGCGUACGCAUUUCUCGAACGAGAGGACGAUGAACUGAUUAAGUGCCUUAUAUGGCCAACCUUCAGCUUGGGUGCUUCAAACCUUGGAUCGGAUCUGGAGUAG